AUCUUUUCUGGGGAGAAUAAUAACAGGGUGGAGGAUGUUUUCAGCUCAGCCGAGAUGACUGCUCCGUGUCGUGUCUGAGAGCGGCAGUGAAGCGUCCUCUUAUGGCGGGACUGGCGCAUUUGGUGCUGCGUGUUUCGGGCUCGUACGGCGUGUUUUCUAAAGGCCUCAGCAGGACUUUGCUCAUCUUCUUUGAUCUCGCCUGGAGACUCAGAGUCAGAUUCCCAUAUCUGUAUGUCAUCGCCUCCAUGAUGUUCAACGUGCGACUACAGGUUCACAUUGAGAUUCAUUGAUUGGCUCAGAAGGGUUGCCAGAUCUCCAUUUCACCUGCACUCAACAAUGACUGUCAGUUCUGUGUUGAUCAGUGAAGCAAACUCAUAUCCUCUAGAAGAAAACAUGCUGACGGGAAUAUUUCUGACACAGCGGACAUCAGCUUCUUCUCAGUGCGUUCACAGGAAUGUAUGAUGAGCAGACUCGUGUUACUUUUUAGACAGGUAAAUAGCUCAAAAGCCCAGCCGCUGGACAGCAAUUUAUCCAUCGGUGAAUGAAGGAAUAGAUGAGCUGCUGAUCUCCAGUGAUUUUAACAUGAUGAAGACUCCACUCCACCAGUGUUCUACUUCACACUCGCACUGUUUUGCAUUAUUUUCUUGCAUAUCGAGAGAUUUCAGUGGACAUGCUGACUUAGUUUAGUCUGUUUCCCACAGUGCAUGACAGACACUGUACAUGCAGACUACACACAUACACACACACAGUGGCUACUGUUACAGAAAAUACAGGGAUUUGUAUAUAUACUAUACAUUUAUUUGUUUGUGUUUUUUAUUAUCAUUAAAUCUGUGCAUUAUAUAAUAUGGCAAGUGCAUUUUGGGAAUGUUUUGAAUGUAAAUGAGGUUUUCAACUGACAAUAAAUUAUGAUGAGAUAUA